GUCGUUAGCUAUGGCUUUUUCAAAGAUGAAGAAAAGGGAAAAGAUAUUAAGUUUGUUAUAAAAGACCAACUAAUUAAACAAAAAGAAUUAUAUAGUAAUAUACUUGGAUAUAAUAUAAACUACCUUAUAACAGUUUUAUCAUAUUUAAAUCAAAUAUGUCUAAUAGAAUACUGGUUCUAUUCUUCAGAGUAUGCACAAUUAGCAUCAGAUAUAUUCAAUAUACCAGUCACAGUAUUUGUAUGGACACAACCAUAUUAUACUAGUUCAACUCAAGCCAAACAAGAAAGUUUAGCUUCUAUCCUUAAACCCACAAUAUUUGCUAAUUUGCAAUUGUUAUGA